AUGACCACGUUCUACAAUCCACCAGAAGAAACCGCAGAGUCACAAGAUGAAGACAACACCAACGCCGAUCUACCAGCCUCAACUUCCGAGGUACGUCACCCUGGUGGCGGACGAAGACUCGGUGAAGGUACUUCGGAUCCACAACCAAUACCGACUACCUCCUCCUCCUCGCAGUCUUCGAGACCGCUAAAAAGAGCUGCCGCUCAGAAGAAAUUUGCUACACUAGGGGACUUCGGAAAUGACCCACAUGGACAUGACGAUCCUAAUGACAGUGAUUACGACGAUGAUAAGCAUGAUCUAUUUGCCGGUGGAGAGAAGUCGGGGCUUGCGGUGCAAAAUCCAGACGAUCUCAAGAAGAAGAUAUUGGAGAAGGCUAGAAAAAACAAGCCUCGCCCGGGUGGUGACGAUCCACGGCCUCGUGUCAACCACUUCACUGGCACAGCUCGUACCCUUGGUGGAGACGAUGCCCCUUCGCAGACGAUCGAACCACCUCCCGAUCCUCUUGCAGGUCGACGGCCUGAACGGGUUGAUCGUAUCCUACAUUUCUGGAAUGAUGGCUUUAGUGUUGACGACGGUGAUCUGUACUCGACCAGUGAUCCGCGCAAUGCAGAAAUCUUGAACGGUAUCAGACAAGGUCGAGCGCCACUCAGUAUCAUGAAUGUGCAGCCCGGCCAAGAGGUUGAUGUGGAAAUCAAACAACACGAAGGAAAUUACGUCAAGCCGAAACAAAAAUACAAGCCAUUCAGUGGACAAGGGAACAGGCUGGGAAGUCCCACGCCUGGUGACAGUCUUACCGGUGCCUCCAUCACACCUGCUGCUCCUCCAGCUGCUGCUUCCUCGACAUCAGAGGAGCCACCAAAGGUCGAAAUCGACGAGGCACAACCAGUCAUUACUCUGCAAAUCAGACUCGGGAACGGUACUCGGCUACCGUCCAGAUUCAACCCUAGCCACACGAUUGGGGAUGUCUACUCGUUCGUCGCAGCAGCGAGUCCAGAUAGCCAGACCAGGGAAUGGGCAUUGAUGACUACGUUUCCAAGUACGGAGCUUACGGACCGAAGCGUGGCUUUGGGAGACUUGCCAGAACUGAAGAGGGGAGGCGUGUUGGUUCAGAAAUGGAGAUAG